AACUGGACAUCAGCAAGACUUAUAAAGAGUAAAAUGGCGACGAUAAAGAAAUUGGAGAAAGUAUAAGUUACAUCGUAAAAAAUAACACCCAACGCACUUCCUUAGCAAACGGCGAACAUGUCGUCGGUAGAAAAAGCUAUCCAGAAGAUACAGAAAAGGCUUUUCUGUGAUGAUAUCGAUGCUCGGAAGGUUCUUAAAUACAUUAAGUAUUUGGAACAGUUAGAGGUUGAUGUCGACGUAUUAAAGAGGACUGGUAUCGGCAAGACUAUUAAUGGCCUUAAGAAAAUGGAAGGUCCUAUAGGAGAUGCUGCUGCAAACUUAAUCAAGCGCUGGAAAGAGAUUGUGACAGGCAAACCUGACAACACAAGUGAACUUACUCCUACCCCUGUAAAGUUGAACACUGAGUUGUUAUUGCAGGAGAGUGAUACAGCAAGAAAAUCUUUGUUAAACACAAGCUUUUCUGAAAAAGAAAAGAAUUGCAGUGGUAAAUCCCAUGCACAUUCCAGUGACCUUGGGGAAAGACAUGCCAGAAAUAUAGACGGUGAUGAUAAAGUGAAAGGAGAUUCUAAACACAAAGAUAAAAUGCAAUGGGACAAGAGAAAAGAUAAAGAUAACAGAAAAAGAGAUAAUUUGGACAGUAGAGUAGAACAUAGCGAUAAUAGACAUGAUAAUGAGGCAAUUAAGCAAAAACACAAAGAGCACAAGAGACGAAGAGAAGAAAAGGGGAAAAUAGAAAAACAGCAUGAAACUACAAAGGAUGGAAGAAAAGAUGUAAAAUACACUGAGACAAAGGCAAAGGCUCCAUCAUUACAACUAUGUGAUGUCUCCUUUGGCUGUGAAACUCUUCCUCAACCUGUUAGACAAAAGAAGAGAGACACACAUUCUUCCACCAGAAAAGAUAAGCAGCCUAAGACUGACAGCAGUGGCUUGAGUGAUCUGCCGCCAUUACCAUCUGUGUACUCCGUCAAUGAGGCCUUAUUGCCAGAGAUCCAACCGUUGUAUCGCCCUUCUCGGCUGCUCGAAUGUGAGGGAUCGCCUGCUAAAAAAAGCAAAGGUACCAUCUCUGGGAGCAUUCUCAGUGAUUCUGCACUUACGUCAAAAAAGACCAGAACACAAGUGUUUUCCGGAAGAAGGAAUGCUUUCUCUGGUGGGGAGAUCAGCAAACUCUUCAACAUGUGCAUGAAAGUUCUUAUUGAGAACAUUGAUGCUCUUCAUGACACUGGAGGUGUCCCAGGAAUUAUCCUAAUGCCUGUUCUGAUGAAGUGUACCCCCCAGCAGCUGAUACAUCUUGAGGAGUGCAACCCACACUUCCUGGAAGAAACAGAGAGUCUGUGGCAAGGCCAUUGCAAACGAGAGUUCAAGUGUGAAAAACCUGGACAUCGUAUGACCUGGAGGGAUACAUUCAUGCAAAAAAUGGAAGAGAGAGAAGAGAGACUGGAAAAGAUCAAUGCAAAAAUCAGUGCUGCACAGGCCGCUAAAAAGCCAGAGCGUCAAGUAAAGCUUGCAUAUGUGAUGACUGAGGCAAAGCCCCCACCCCAAGUUCGCAGGAAGCAGGCCAAGUUUGGGACAGGGAAGGGAGACAUCCCUGUGGUGGCCAUCUCGCCUGGCAAGUCAAGAGCUCCCGUCAGGCAUAGCGCUGACUCAGGGCCUAGCUAUCAGCAAGAAGCUGCCACAGCUAAAAAAAAGAAUGGUGUGGCACCAAUGAUGAAGAAAACCAUGAAACUGUUAAAGAUUCAGAGAAAUUGCGCUGGGGCCCAAAUAAGAAGAAGAUGAAAUGGGACAAGAUGGCAAAGGAAACCAAAAACAAGAUGAAUAUUUGUGACGAUGUACAGAGUUUAAUUAUGAAUUUAGAAAUUAACUUAUGGAUUAUUAUUAAAAAAAAUUUCCAAGCUAUAUUAUAAAAUAUAAACCUAAGUUAUUAAAAAUAGUACUAGAUAAUGUAUUUCAAGUUUUAGAAAAUGCAUACUAAAGUAGAGUAGUUAGGAUAGUAAUGUACAUCUUUGGUUUAUUUGUAUGUAUUGUUUUCAUCGUCCCAUUAGAUAAGACAAAAUUCUAAUGUCUGUA